UAAGUAGUUUGCAUAGUCUUCCAUUUCCUGUCCUACUGUACUGAAAAAAAGCACACAACUGUACAGAAAAGAGAGCAGAACGUAAGAGUAUCCUUAUGACCCAGAAAAGAGCAUCCCGUUGCUCUGUUUAUCAUCCUGAUUAAAGCUUUAGUCGCGUAAAACAAAACUUUCCCAUAGCACGUGAACGCGCCAUUACUACCCCCUUUGUCUGUGACUCACUGGGCUGAAAAAUACCGAGGUUUACCGAGAUUUUUUUCCAGGGAGCUCCGCCUACUUUCGCUAUCCUAACCCACAGUUUGAUAUCAGAGUGAGAAACUAAGCGAGUGUGACAGUCAGGUGUUUGGAUACACUUAAGUGUGGAUUUCUGUCGUCUAUUCUUCACCCUCAGCUCACACAUACACCUGUUGAACAUGGGAUUUCUCCUCACAAAGAUGAUGGCUGUGUUCGGGGACAGAGAGCACAAAGUCGUCCUUGUAGGUUUGGACAACGCCGGAAAGACAACAAUCCUCUAUCAAUUUCUGACAAAGGAAGCCGUCCACACGUCGCCCACCAUCGGCAGCAACGUGGAGGAGAUCACAGUCCGUAACACGCACUUCUUAGUUUGGGAUAUAGGAGGGCAGGAGAGCCUCAGAGCCAGCUGGUACUCGUACUACUGCAACACAGAGAUUGUUAUUUUGGUUGUGGACAGCACGGACCGUGAGCGCCUCACCGUCACCAAAGACGAGCUGCACCGAAUGCUCUCACAUGAGGACCUACAAAAGGCAGCCGUUCUCAUUUUGGCCAACAAACAGGACGUAAAAGGCUCGAUGACAGCGGCAGAAAUAUCCCAGUACCUCACGCUUAACUCCAUCACAACACACUCCUGGCAUGUUCAAGCCUGCUGCGCUCUCACAGGAGAGGGUCUGCCUGCCAGUCUGGACUGGAUGAAGUCACAGGUCGUUGCAAACUGAACCACACUCCUGAGGAUCAAACAUCCUCAAACUGAGCCAGCCUCAAAUGCCCUGUGAGGGCAACAGAGACAGGGAUAUUAACAGUAUUUUGGGCAAACAUGGAGGUCCGUGACAGAGCCUGCCCUGCUACAGUGACAGUAUGUCCUGGCCUGCAGUGUGAGAGUCUGCAAGAAGCUGCCAGACAAACAUGGAUGAUAUGAAAGUCUUUAACUCACCAAAAGUCUGUUGAAAACCACUUGAUAUUGAGUACAGUUUUUUCUCAGAUGUAGUUAAAAAGAAUUGCACUGUAAGGAAGGGUUUUUUUACUCAUAGUUUAUUUAAAGUAGAAAAAUUCCAGAUUUGUGUUCAUUAACUUACCUGAUGGGAAAAAUCACAUUAACUUUAAAUUUCUAUUAUACAAAUUUACCAGCACAGACAUAAAUGUUAUAAUUAGAGUUUGUCGAUAUCCAAGCUGUGGGUUUUACAUGUGCUCAACUUGUGCCAGUCAAUUAUUUUACACAGCUUUAUGCACACUGAGAGUAUUUUUGUGCAAAGUUUACUUCAUCAGAAAUCAAGACAAAUCUGUAGAUCUCAAACCUGGAUGUUGUCAUGACCGUGAAUAAAUGCAUAUAAUCUAAAGUACAAAAAAAAUAUUAAAAGCAUAAUCAGAUUAAGCUUAAUGCCUUAAGUCAGUAUACUAAAGUGCAAAUGAUUUCACGUGGAUUAAUCAACAUCUUACAUAACAUACUAUUAAGGGGGAAAGUUCAGCAUCAUUUCCUUGACUUUUACAUGCUUCAACCUAAUUACAAAUCUCAUAUAAUACAUUUUUAAUUCACAAAGUGGGUUAUAUAACCGUCAACUUUAUUACAACCAAGCUCCUGCGCCCUCUGACUGGAAACUGUAAUGUUGAUUUACAACUCACCUCCUGGUGGAUGGAGUUAUAUUUGAUGUCUAUGAUCAACAAACAACCUUUGAAACCUAAAGAUUGUUUUAUUUAUUUAUGAAAAUGAAAAGCUCUUGAACUAUCUAUCUACUGUAUAUUACAGCAUUUUGAAAGGCACUGAGCUAGCUGCUACAGACAAUGAGUCUCAUUUGAAUGUUAUAUGUAUAUUGAGCAUUUUUCUAAAUAAAUUUUAUUAUUGUUAAUAUA